UUCGGGUGAGUCUGCAUCUUUAUUCGAAUCCAGGUGUUAAACAUGGAGAACUUUAACUUCGUUUUGUACUGGUAUUCUUCUUCUUAUAGGAAAAUCUUCUUUGUGUAAUGUUUUGUGUCGAUUAUAUCCAGUCACAUGGGGUCGUAUAUUUAUUGACGGCGUCGAUAUAUCCACUAUAGGAUUGCAUCGUCUGAGAAAGGCGAUGUCCGUGAUUCCACAGGACCCCACACUUUUUGCCGGUACAAUUCGUUUCAAUCUCGAUCCUAACAGUGUAUUCUCCGAUUCUGAGUUAUGGAUAGCGUUGGAAAGGACUUAUCUCAAAGCAGCGAUCAUGAAUCUUGAAAAUAAGCUUGAGUACGAGGUUUCAACAGGUGGAGAUAAUUUUUCUGUUGGAGAAAAGCAACUCUUGUGUCUAACCAGGGCGCUACUAACAGAAGCAAAAAUUAUUCUGCUAGACGAAGCAACAGCAAGUCUCGAUGUUUCUCUGGACAGGCUCAUCCAUAAGGUGAUAAAAGAGGUCUUCCUGGAUGCGACAGUUAUCGUUAUUGCUCAUCGUCUUGAAAACAUCUAUGGUUUGGAUAGAGUGUUGAUAAUGGAUGGCGGAAAGGUACAUAGUCUUAUUAUAUGUGUAUUAUAUUAUAUAAUGUUUAUUCUCAAUGCAUUAGUAUGGUAUCGUGUUCAACUAAAAGUAACUGAUAUAAACGACAAGAAGUUUUGUCUAUCCAUUCAUUUUUCAGUUGGUGGAAUUCGACCGACCAGAAGUGCUGUUAAAUAA